GACGGCCCCCGGGGCUCCGGCCUAGUCGGGGGUCAGAGGUGACAGCCCCCACGGUGAGAGGUCGCGGCCACAGGAUGAUUCGUGGGAUGCCCCCGCCCUCCCCUAGAUAUGGGUGCAUCGCAGCUGCGUGUGGUGGCGACGACGCGGUCCUGCAGCGCUGGAAACUGGCCAUCUGCUGCAUCCUGGAGAUAUGGAUGGACUAUUAUCAGGAGGACUUUUGUCGGCUCCCCCAAUCUGCCUCCCUGAAGAAGAUUCUGGAAUUCAUAAGGCAGCGCAUGCCAGGCACAGACGUGGAGCUCCGUGCCCGGCGUUACCUGCAACAACUCAGACGCCUCCAUGCAGCGGAGCCAGAGGCUGGGGCUACAGCUUCGGCCCGAGCAAAAGACCCUGAAGCACUUCCGGAGCCCGCCCCAGCCCCAACUGUGGGGCCUGCUGCCUCGGAUGGGCCUGAAGUGCUCGAGGCCGCCCUGGCUGCUGGGGCUGAGGGCUUGGCCCCAGCUGAGGUGCCAGCUGGGGAGGCGAAGCCCCUGCAGAUAGUGGUCACUGCUCUAGAUCACGGCUGCGCCCUGGACGAGCCACGUGCACCUGCGGCCACCCCGGAGGAGGAGCAGGCCCUGGCCACCUGCAAUCGGGGUCCCCAGAGUGCCAGAGCCGCCAAUUGCCUCUGGGACAACUGGCUUCAACCUCUGCGCAGCCCCCUGACCACCUCGGGAGCCCGCCCCCAGCUCCCCACCGCAGGGCUCGUCAUGCCUGCAGCCCAACGGAGGCUUGCCUUCCCGUGUCAUUUCACUGUUUCUAUAUUUUGA